AAACGGCGUUCCGUAUUAUGGGGGAACCAGUUACAGCGUUCGUCAACCAUCUUCUAUAUGACUUUGAGCAAAACCAUAACAGCUGAUUGACUUUGACUGGUUGACUGAUAGGCCUAUUGACUGGUGGACAUUAGUGUUAGUUGACUUACUUUCUAGUUGGCUAAUUUUUCGCAGUUAAAUUUCUCCUUUGCUACUAGUUUUUAGUUCACGAGCCGCUACACAUUAUGAAGAGAAAGUUGAGAAUUCACCAAACUUACUUUUACCGCUCAGGGCAAAAGAGUCGAAGAGGGUCAUGUUACUCUUAUACACGAGUCAUCAGAGAUGAUAAAAGGAGACUGUCAGUGGCGGCUAAAACAUCAGUUCUCUCUUUUCCAGCCUCAAAAACAUCACCAAAUUUGCACGCCAAUUUACCUCAUUUUUUUUCUGUGUCAUGGGGGAAAAAGCAAUUACGAAGUCCCGAAAAAACGUAUCACCAUUCAAAAAUUGGUCGAAAGUAGCCCCACAGAUUAUUUGCGCGACUUCAGCCUCAUGGGCCGUGCUAUGUACCGGUCUCGUACGCGGAUGGAGUUCGUCAGCUAUUGCGCAAUUGAGGGAGCGUAAAAAUGGAACACUGUACCUUGAAAAAGAAGAAGCCGCCUGGAUAACAUCAUUGCCACCGCUUUGUGCUAUUUUUGGUAGUUUGCUGAUAGCGUUCCCGAUGGAGUUAUACGGUCGGCGAAUGACCCUGGCAACCAUCUCACUACUCUACGUCCUGGGAUUUUAUCUUAUGGGAUUAUCUUAUUACUUGAAUUCGGUAUCAGUUCUCUUCGUCGGUCGUCUCAUCACCGGCUUGAUAAGUGGAGCGUCCGUACCCACUUCUCAGAUUUACGUGAGCGAAUGCUCUUCCCCAAGGGUGCGGGGAGCCUUGGGCUCUUUUACAUCGACUUUUAUGUCCUUUGGUAUCGUAAUUGCCUACGUAAUUGGAGCGGUUGUCGAGUGGCAAAUAAUGUGUUUCGUCAUUGGAUCCCUGCCAAUUGUUUUGGGUGUAGCAAUGCUAUUAAUGCCGGAGACACCGUCCUGGCUUAUUUCUCACAAUCGGGGACCUCAGGCCAAGGAUGCACUUCAGUACCUCCGUGGCAAGUAUACAAAUAUUGAAUCGGAAUUUCAGCGCAUCAGUAAUAACGCCAACUCACAGUUGCCCAAACCCAGCUAUGCCAAAAUACUGACAAACGGUCAUCUAAUGAAGCCGCUGAUCAUUUCAAUGGCACUCAUGCUCUUCCAACAAUUGAGUGGCAUCAACGCCAUUGUCUUUUACUCGGCCAGCGUUUUCCAGGAUGCCGGCUGUAGCUUGAAUAAUUUCUUAUCCAGCAUAAUAAUCGCCGUUGUGGCAAUGGUUUUCACAAUGAUUUCCGUUUUAUUGGUGGACCGAUUUGGACGUCGUAAAUUAUUGAUGAUUUCAGGAGUUUGUAUGGCAGUCUCGCUCACUGGACUUGGUGUCUUUGUCUAUCUGAAAACCGCAUCGGAAGAUUUAUCUGUUGUCGAUGAAACUACCUUGGCAGAGCCGUCUGUACUUUCGGAAUUGGGCUGGCUCCCUCUACUCUUUCUCAUAUCGUUCAUUAUUGCUUACUCCAUGGGAUUUUGUACUGUGCCUCAGCUGAUAAUGGGAGAGUUGUUUCCGCUGGAAUAUCGUAAUCGUUUGGGUACCAUCUCUGCGUCAUUCAGCCUAGGCUGCACUUUCAUAGUAGUACGAACUUUUCCUGAGAUGGCAGCCAUUAUGGGACUCGGAGGUGUUUACGGUCUCUAUGCAGCGUGUUGUCUAAUAGCUGUCGUGUUUGUUGCAUUUUUUCUUCCAGAAACGAAAGGUAAGACGUUGGAAGAAAUCAGCCAAUUUUUCGUUCGGCCGACCAUCACAUCAUCAGACGGCAUUCGAAAUGAAACCGCAAACGAUCCUCAACUCCUACUUAAGCCCUCGACAAAUAACAAUACGCAUUCAGUUUAAAUAAUAUCCAGUAUGUUUCGUUUCAUCUUUUAGAUUAAGAACUAUCUAUGGCGUUUUUUUUUAUUUCAUUUUAUUUGAUUUUACUAGUGUACCUAAGCUUUCUGUGAUGUUAUUGACUACAUUGAUAUUGUAGCGCCAAUGUACUUUGUCGCUUAGCGCCGGAUGCUAAGAGAUGCAAAUGUGCGAUGUCAAUGGACUUUGCCACUCUGGCCGGAUGUCAGAGGACUCAAAAGCCCGUCUAUGACCGGCCAG